AUUUGGAGAGAGGGUGCCAGAUUUCAACAUAAAGGGCGAGGAUUCUUCCAUGGAAAGAGAUCAUUAGUCGUGCAAACGAACCUGGAGUUGCAACAGAACCAAACAUCAUUCGACUACUUAGCAAAGUCUACCAGUUGUACUACCUCCAAAAUGAAGGCCUUCAUUUCCCUUUUCGCUUUUCUCUCCAUGCUUUCACUCUCAACGGGCCUUGCACCAAAUUAUAUUUCCCGGUCACCCAGGCCAGCACCCGCCCCAGUGCCGGGAAUUUGGGACGAUUUCCUGGACUUCCUCUCCGAUGUUGUUGAUGUUUCGAGCGAGGCUGGGAAAGCCAUAUGGGUUGAGCUCGAUAAAGCUGAGCAGAAGUUGCUCGAAGAGGAUGAUGGCCUCGUGAUUGACGGAUGCCACGUCGUGAGAUGCGGAGUUGAGCUCGGCUUCACGUCUGCCAAGUGCCUCAUUGACGUUGUGGGUACAAAGGGCAUAGGCCAGAUUGGCAAAAAGGACAAGCUUGGCUGCUUAUAUGAGGUCGCUAAGACGAUCGAUGAUAUUCAGAGUCAUGAACUUUGCGAUCACUGUUGGGAAGCCAUCGAGAACAACGUCCUACCACCGUAAGAACCUGCCUGUGUGAUGGAUAUUCAAGCUAAGGGUCUGGAAAAUGAAUUCAAGGAGGUGUGAAGAGACUUUGCCACGAGACGGGGACAGGUUGAUGCAGACCUGGCGUCACAGAGAUAGUGUAGGAAAUGACCAGGGAUUUCAAAGUGUGAUUUGGUAGGGAUUGUCCGAUCGAGAGUGGUAAUUUCUGAUAUGGUUAUCAAGAGGUCUAGAAAAUCAAAAAAAAUAGUUCACCACCGGUGUAGCUAUAUCCCUUAGUGCUCAUGCUGGGAAUCGAAGUCGGAGCCUGCCGUCGAGUGUAUAUUGAUUCUUGGACCUUUAACCCUCCCACUACCUUGCCAGUCUAACCUGGCCCCCUGACCUUGGGAGCCGCCUCCUGGCUGGUGACAAGAAUAGAAUUGCCGGGACCUCCAUGG